CUAACUCAAAAGCUCCGUAAUCGCCUCGACUAUAUACAGAAUCCUGACGAUUGCUCUACUGCUAAAAAAAUUAUAUGCGAUCAUAAAGAGGCUGGUAUGGGCUCGACAAUCCAUCAUUGGGUUUAUUGCUUGAUUUAUGGAUACUAUACUAAUCGAACGAUGCUGAUAGAUACAAGUAAAUGGUCUUAUUUACGAAAUGUUAUUAGUAAAGAUGGGGUUGAUCGUUUUGAAGAUUUAUUUCAGCCGAUUUCCAAGUGUAGACUUACCGCUCAUGAUAGUAAUGCCGCUGUUGUAUGGGAAAGUCCUAAUCCUAAUAAUAUCGUUAACGGCAUUCUUUUCCAAAAUCUGCCCGAGGCACCACCCGUUUGUAAUUAUGCUAUGCCUACAAAACUAUUUUAUGACAUUUUGAAUUUUAAGCAUAAACCUAUGGCUUGGUGGAUUGGUACUAUAGCGCAAUAUCUUAUACAACCUAACGAUUAUCUACAAAAGUUUAUCGAUCAAUCUCGCAGCAAAUUCAAAUUUCAGACCCCUAUCGUCGGUCUACAUAUUAGACGUACCGAUAAAGUAUCCGAAAAUGAGUUAUACGACAUUGAUCAAUAUAUGAUUAAAGUAGACGAAUUUUACAAUCGUUCAGCCGAGUACAAAAUAAAAAGACGAGUAUUUGUAGUAACUGAUGAACCUUGGCUAAUUGAACAACUAAUUACAAAGUAUCCCAAGUACCGAUUUAUUCAUCCUCCGAUAGAACAGUUAAAAGCCGGUACAUAUACGACGAGAUAUUCUGCCGCCAAUUUAAAAUAUUUUCUUCGAGAUGUAUUUCUACUAGCUGAGUGUCAUCAUAUAGUUGGCACUAUGUCAUCUAAUGUCGCCAGACUUGCAUACGAAUUACACGAAGUUAUAUAUAAUAAAACAGAAAGUCAACAUUUUACAUCACUUGAUAUAAAAUAUCAU